UGUACAAUAAUUUCUGGCUUAGUAGUUUGCCGUGAGUGUAUCAUUGUGGAUGGAGGUGGUUUUUCACGCGGGCUGAGUUUAAUACGCGAUUGAUAUCACUGGAAUUGUAUUGUUUAUGGACAUCAAAAUAAUGAAACUGUUUUCGAGCAAUAUAGCGUUUUUUCGGGGUUUUAAUUCUUUUAAAAGUGCAUAUGUUUGCCUCUAACGGGCAGAUUUUUGUGAGUUACAUCUGAAUUAAAAGAAAAAAUAGUGUUAUCUUUGCGUGACGUUGGAAUAGCUCAUUUUAAGCAAAACGUUCUGUGGUAAAUGAGUAUAGUGCAUUGACUCGACAGACAGACAAGACAUUAAAAAAUGUUGUUUUUCCAGCAAACACUGAAAGGCCGAAGGUAAAUUACAACAAAUGAUCGCAUAACAAGAGAAGAAAAUCAGUGGUAAAGAAAGGAGAAGGUUACCGAAGAAAAAAAAAAAAUAACAUAAAAGAAGGCUCGUGCAAAGUGAAGAGAAGCAAAGCUUCACGUUUCGGAGAGCGCCUCACUGAGUGGUUGGAGGAAAAUAUGAAUGUUAUUAUUUUUAUGUGCUGAGCGCUGGAGAGCAGCUCUCCGUUGUCGGAUGUUGUUAGCGAUCGUUGAAGAAAUUCGUGAAAGCGAAAGACGCAGAGAAACUGCGGGUGCGCAGUGGAAUGUGUAGCGGGAUCACUCAGUGCCUGGUUUUCAUUUCUGCCUUAUUGGUGAUGAUGCUUGUAUUCCAUACCUAUUUGGAAUGGAAAUGAUGUAAAGGAAAUAAUCAUAAGUGGCAGCGUAAAUACAUUGCGAGUGUUGUUCCUGCACUGACAGCUGUUUGCAAAACGGUUAAGCGAGAAUUCGUUUCAAUUAAAUUCAAAACAAGCGGGAUUAUCCGAUGAUAUCAAGUUGGACGUAUGUUGAGCAUAACUUGAGCUGUACGGAAGGGUCACGUAUCUAACCAGGACUUGAUAAAAACUGCAUUCACAAUGGAGAUUAAAAUGCUACCGAGGGUGAUAGUUUUGUUCGUUACCUGCUGCGGAAGUGUAUGGAGCGCAUCUGAUUUUUCGGCACUGCGCACGUGUGAACCUAUUAAAAUUGAACUAUGUCGUGGAAUUGGCUACAAUGAGACCUCACUGCCAAACUUGGUUGGACAUGAGCUGCAAUCCGAUGCAGAUUUCACACUACAGACGUUCUCGCCUCUGAUUCAGUACGGCUGUAGUAAACAGUUGAAAUUUUUCCUCUGUGCUGCAUACGUGCCAAUGUGCACACCUAAGGUUCCAGUUCCGAUUGGACCAUGUAGAGGUCUAUGUCUCACCGUCAAGACCCUGUGUCAUCCAAUUUUGCAGGGUUUUGGAUUUCCAUGGCCCUCGGCACUUGAUUGUAAUAGAUUCCCGGAGGAGAACAAUCACGAGCACAUGUGCAUGCAAGGUCCGGGCGAACCGACGGAUGUUGUGAUGAUAUCCAAGAACGAUAGACCUACGUGCCAAGGUUUGAUCAAGUCGCAUUUAUUCGUUCGAUUGAACCGAUCAGGUCGCUGUGCACCUUUAUGCGAAGCGGAUAUUAUGUUUGAGCAGAACGAAAAACAUUUCGCUGAAGUUUGGCUGACGUCUUGGAGUGUGGCCGCCCUCUUCACAGCUAUUGUAGCGACAUUGUGUUUGAUUCUCGCCACCAAACGAUGGGAUAAGAUUCUGAUGCCCCUGGUUAUCAGUCAUUGCUUGGUCACGGUGGGCUGGGCUGUUCGCUGGCUAGCCGGACGCAAUGCAACUGCUUGCGGUUACGAUACACAGCUUCCGGGCGUUUCGCUGCUGCUAACGGAUGGCCUCAUGACGGCACCAUGUGCGGCCACGUUCCUGCUGCGUUACUACUUUGGCAUGUCGGCAGCUGUUUGGUGGGCAAUUCUAUGUCUACGUUGGAGCAAAUCGGUUCGUCGAUUGUUGAACAUCGACUUAAAUGGCGAUGCACACUCCGAGAAAUCGGGAUCCUCCUACAAUACGCUAUUUCAACUAGCUGCCUGGGGUCUACCGGCACUACAAACCGUGGUAGUUUUAGUUGCGCGGUUCGUCGACGCAGAUGAACUUUUCGGUUCUUGCUUCAUCGGAAACCAGUCGGACAAAGCACUAAUCGGUUUCGUUGUGGUCCCGCUGCUCACCUACUGGGUUAUUGGAUCGGGGUACCUCUUCACUGCCUACCUGAGGAAGCGCUCAUCUUCGGCUCUUUUGGUGAACAAUUUGCCCGUUCACAUCACCGGUAUGGGAAAGUUCCUCUUCAUCUAUUCGGUGCCUAGUUUUCUACUGCUGGUGAUAAUGUUCUACGAGUUCGCGUACCGGGAGAACUGGCUGAAUCUACCGCAUCCGUCGCUGGAACCGGUAUCCUCAGGAAAGGCCCCCAUUUGGCCGUUCAUCCUGAGAGCGGUAAUAGAGCUGCUAGUUGGGGUUCUUGCAUCGGCAUGGGCAGUCGGUCCCCGGAUAGCCGGCCUGUGUCGAAGCAAAAUCAACAAUCAGGUCUACAAGCAGCCGCAGCCUAAGUUUGCCACGUCGCCGUACUCGGCUGCCUCGUAUCAGACAGUCUGCCCCCAGAACUCGCUGGUGUCGGUGUCAUUGAGUAAAAUGCCUCCCCGGCACGCAAGAAAGUAUCCUUCCCAUUCGCACAUUAAUCGCAAACCACGUGCCUACAAGGCAUCCUCACAAACGAUGAGUCUGACCGGUAACGAGACUGUGCUGUGAUUAGAGGCUUGAUUCGUGGAAUACGAGUUGCGACUAUGCUGAAAUGGAAGGUAGAGAAAAAGAAAGAAAGAAGCAGGGAACCGAUCGAAGCGGAGCGGUCAAUUAUCGACGUACAUGUUACGUUGGCGAAAAAUGUGAUAUUAAUUUUAGAAUGAAGUUUAAAUUAUUUUAUUCGAGUUGUGAUGUGUACUUUAACGAAUGUAUAACCCGUACAGUGUGUGUGCUUAAAUGACCGUUUAUUUUUUUCUUUCGUUCUGUUUUCGGGAUACGUAGGUACUUAGCAAAGAUUUUAUUUUAUGCUGCGAAAAAAUUAUCUUCACUAGACGGCAUUGAAACCGGACGCCGAAGGCUGUACACGGUAAUGAGCCACAAGUACGAUCUACAUAUACGGUGUCGGUGUGGUGCCGGCCGGGCGACCGACCGACCGGUGCAGUUGACUUGGGGAUCGCUUGUAGUUCGAUCAGUGUACACGGUUGCACGAUAAAAUUUAUGGGAAUAAGUGCGAAUGUACCAUGUGGGCACAAGUUGCGCCGCUGCACUGCACAUGCGGGUCGUAAAACGACGACGGUUAUGGCGUUGUUGUUGUUGCUAAAUGACUCGAGCGCGGUGGUAACCGGGAACAGAAACACAAAAUGCAACCGUUCUUCUGUGAGAUCAUGCGCGCGCAGUUCAGAGGAGCGCUGUUAGUUGUGAUGGAACCGUGGCAUGGGGAGGUUAUGGCCCGGGUGUACAGAAACGAGGAUUUCAGAUUAGUUUUAAUAGCUAAUAGCUUUCAGCUGCGAUUACAUAUUGUAAUUGCUGAAUCGUCAACUAGAUUUGAUGUAGAAACUGGAUCUUCAUCCAUAAAUGGCCUGUGCAGAGUUUUUAUACACUACAUACUUCUGGACAAAUUGCACAGAAUUUUUUUUAAUCUAUCCGAUUUUUUUUAUUAAAAGAUGUUUUCAAGCACUAAGCCUUGAUGCUUCUUGCACAAAUAACUAGUUGGCAAUCUAUAAUGCUGCACCGAUAAUCCAUACUUGUUUGAUAGUAAGUAAGUGUUGAAAAUUUGUUUUUGAUCCCACCAGUCUAUCGUCUUUUUUUGUGAUAUUAUCAGUUCCUAAUUACUAAGAACAACAAAAGAUAAACUAAUGAAAAUAAUUAUCUUUGCUGAUAAUUGCAAGUUCAUUUUUUGAAUUUUUAAGAAAUUUUCAGCAAUUGUAGCUCUUUGUUGUCGGACAAUAUUAGGAGGUUUGGGGACACAUUUAUCCUUUAUGCGGCCAUCCACAUUCCACGUGGACAGAUGUUUAACGAUUUUGAAUUUGAAUGAAAAAAAAAACGGAAUUUUUUUUUUCUGAAAUUGACAAUGUACAAUUGUACAACGCUAAAAACCAUGACCUUAAAGAGCAAGCCAUCGUAUCUUGCUUGUUAAGGUCAUGGUUUUGAGCAUUGUACAAUGUGGAAAUUUUCGAUAACAGAUAACAGCAGAUUUUGUCGUGAAAAAAUUUUCAGUAAUUUUCUGGCAUUUAUUCUUUCAUUUCGUAGAAUUGAAAUCACAUAGAGAUUCACUUCUUUUGAUAAAUUUCAAUAAGGGGCCAUCCACAUACCACGUGGACAGCUUGGGGGGAGGGGGAUUUGCU